ACUGUCAGAGGACGAGAGGGGAGAGCGCGCGCGAGAGAGAUAGAGAGUGAGAGUGAGAGGAGAGAGAGAGUGGGAUUCUUCAUCAUCCGCGCCUUUUGACUCUCUAAACUUGCUUCAGAUCUGUAGUCAGAGUCGCGUGAAGCUGCGGGCAGAUGGAAGUUGUGAGAGAGAACAUGAUGAAAUAAAACACGAGGAGCGAGUCAGAGUGAGCGGAGCGGAGGCCGAGGCAGCUCACAGGACGAGCGGGAAGUUUACAAAGGAAAAAAUCGCCCUGAUGUCUCCUUGAGGAAAAAAAAGAAGAGAGCUGUCGAUGAUGUGCCUCCAUGUGGGAUUUACCAAACCGUCACCUUGAACGUCCAGGACGUGAGACUUUUCACCCGCGUGCUCAUUUUUGUGUUGUGUUUUUCUUGCUGUUGCAGUUUUCUGAAAAGGACGUUAUGACUUCACGGACGGAAUGCAGAGUUGAGCAGAUGUAAAAGCGAUUUCGCCGGGAAAUGUGGAUUUCUACUUUCAAAAGUCCAUUUCCUCUGUAAAAUUUGAUGGAUAUUUCUGAUUACCGUUCAGUGGAUCAAACCAAAAUACCGAGCAUAGUUUUCCCAGUUUGAAUAAUUCAUGAACUAGAGCGUCCCUUCCAGGGGUGGAAAAAAAGUUACGACAGCAUACGGGGAGGGGGAAUAAUAAGUAGACUGGUACAAAGUGGUGAGGGGGGAUGGCCACGGCGGCUUCCAAUCCCUACCUGGCUAGCAACAGUGUUCUCUCAUCAGGCUCCAUUGUGCCCUCGGAGUCCGGAGGUGGUGGCAUGCAGCCGGGAAGUGGUGCCGUGACUUCGGUGUCAGGUGGAUACAGAGGAGACCCUGCGGCCAAGAUGGUGCAGAGUGACUUUAUGCAAGGGAGCAUUGCAGCCAGCAAUGGGGGCCACAUGCUAAGCCAUGCCCACCAGUGGGUAACCUCACUGCCACAUGCCGCCGCCGCCGCUGCAGCUGCAGCCGCCGCCGCUGCAGCCGAAGCUGGCUCUCCUUGGUCCUCCAGCCCUGCUGGGAUGGCAGGCAGCCCCCAACAACAGGACGUCAAGGGUGGUUCCAAUAGAGAAGACCUGCAUUCGGGCACUGCGCUGCACCACCGCCCUCCACACAUAGGCGCUCACCAGUCCCACCAAAGCGCUUGGGGUGGCACGACUGCAGCUCACAUCAGCACCAUCACCGGGGCGCAGCAGCAGUCUCAGCAGUCCCUCAUUUACUCCCAGCCAAGUGGGUUCACUGUCAACGGGAUGCUAAACCCCACUGGGAGCCUGGUCCACCCUGGGUUGAUGCGGGGCGAUUCGCCAGAGAUGGACCACCACCAUCACCACCAUCACCACCACCACCAGCACCAACACCCACACCACCAUCACCAGCAGCACCACGGCGGCGUCAGCAGCCACGACUCGCACUCCGAUGAGGACACGCCGACCUCCGACGACCUGGAGCAGUUCGCCAAACAGUUCAAGCAGCGUCGGAUAAAGCUCGGCUUCACGCAGGCCGACGUCGGCUUAGCCCUGGGGACCCUCUACGGCAACGUCUUCUCGCAGACCACCAUCUGUCGGUUCGAGGCGCUGCAGCUGAGCUUCAAAAACAUGUGCAAGCUGAAGCCACUCUUGAACAAGUGGCUCGAGGAGGCUGACUCGACCACAGGCAGCCCCACCAGCAUUGACAAGAUCGCAGCGCAGGGCAGGAAGCGCAAGAAGCGCACCUCCAUUGAGGUGAGCGUGAAGGGGGCCCUGGAGAGCCACUUUCUGAAGUGUCCCAAGCCCUCAGCGCAGGAGAUCUCCUCCCUGGCGGACAACCUGCAGCUGGAGAAGGAGGUCGUUCGGGUGUGGUUCUGCAACCGCAGGCAGAAGGAGAAAAGGAUGACGCCACCCGGGGUUGGCCAGAGCCCGGAGGACGUGUACUCUCAGGCCGGCAACGUGAGUGCAGACACACCGCCUCCGUCCAUGGACUGCAAACGAGAGUUUUCUGAUAGACUGCUUAAAAGAUGCAAGUUUGAAAGGUGAACCGGAGGACCAGGUGGGGAUCUCUUCGUGCUCCUAUCGCCAGGUGGUUCUGGCCCAUUGACACUCCAACCAAACGCGACAGUAGUUUUAUUUUUUUUUAUUAUUUUUUUUUAUGGAUGGCCCUCCAGAGAAAUUUGAAAAAAGUCAGACAUGGACCCUCGGUGAAGACAAACGAGCUCCAGGACGCAUCGCCGUUUCACACAGAGGAAUAACGUUAUUCGUGUUAACAAAAGGGAAUUGUCUUAUUGCCUCGAGUAUUGGCUCCUGUCCACUUCCCGAAGACUCUGUGCUGCAAACUUCAGCUUUUCUAUUACAGACUCUUUUUUGUGGACCGCACUUCUGUGAAUAGUUUUCACACAGGGAAACACUAUGGGGGAAAACAAGGAUUCUAAAACUGCACUUAUUCAUCUUUCAGCCUUCUCUCUUGUGAACACUCCCCCCUCCUUCAUUUGUUUUCCAUUUGAUUUGCUUUUUUGUUGGUUAUUUUAU